UCGAGUUGGUCGACAGGAGGCGAGGUAGACACAGUACCUAUAUCUUGCUUGCUUUCUGGUGGCUUCGUCUGGCUGACAACGAUCCCCUCUCCUCAGAGAAAGAGACAGGACGAGCGAGCGUGAUGGUAGUGGCGGCAGCGGCGGCGGCAGCGCCGCCCUCUGAGUAGAGGCAGCGUGCUAGAUUAGCCCAGCCUGGUGUGAAGAGCCGCAUUUCAAUGAGGGACGGGCUAAUGCAAAUCACUCCCAUAAGCAGCCGCGGGAGAAGAAGAAAGGCGAAGCAGUUGCGGGAACGCCUCAUCAGCAGCAGCAGUUAUCCAGCCCGUAGAGGAGGGGGGACGGCGGGGAGACGCACAACAAAGCCAGUCGAACGAACCUUCCCUUGGGCGGCCACAGUUGCCAGUCUGAAGCGGGUGGUGUCGUAGGGCAGGAGAGGGCUGGAGCAGCGGGGCUGGGCUUUGGCCAUUGAGAGGCGGCGGCAUCCAUUCCAUUCCCUUUGCAGCAAGCCAGGCAGACUGCUUGCAGUCGUGGGCAAGGGGCGCUUUGACGUUUCCAAGGCACAGACUAACUUUCAAGAUGUCCUUUGUGAGAGAUAUGGAGCUGGAACACUUUGAUGAGCGUGAUAAAGCACAACGGUACAGCCGAGGGUCACGGGUGAAUGGCCUGCCUAGCCCAACCCACAGUGCACAUUGCAGCUUCUACCGAACCCGCACUCUACAGACCCUCAGCUCUGAGAAGAAAGCCAAGAAAGUACGCUUUUAUCGCAACGGGGACCGGUAUUUCAAAGGGAUCGUGUAUGCUAUCUCCCCUGAUCGGUUUAGAUCUUUUGAGGCCCUGCUGGCUGAUCUGACCCGGACUCUGUCUGAUAAUGUCAAUCUGCCCCAGGGUGUGAGAACAAUCUAUACCAUUGAUGGUGUAAAGAAGAUUAUCACCUUAGACCAAUUGGUGGAAGGGGAGAGCUAUGUGUGUGGUUCAAUAGAGCCCUUCAAGAAGCUGGAGUACACAAAGAAUGUAAAUCCGAAUUGGUCGGUGAAUGUUAAAACCACCUCCACUUCCCGCACAGUGCCCUCUCUUGCCACGGCCAAAGGAGGCUCUCCAGAUACAAAGGAGAACAAGGAUUUCAUUAGGCCGAAACUGGUCACAAUCAUUCGGAGUGGGGUGAAACCACGUAAAGCAGUCCGGAUUCUGCUUAACAAGAAGACGGCACAUUCAUUUGAGCAGGUUCUCACUGACAUUACUGAUGCCAUCAAGCUGGAUUCAGGAGUAGUUAAGCGCCUGUACACGCUGGAUGGAAAACAGGUGAUGUGCCUUCAGGAUUUUUUUGGCGAAGAUGACAUAUUUAUUGCAUGUGGACCUGAAAAGUUUCGUUACCAGGAUGAUUUCUUGCUAGAUGAAAGUGAAUGUCGAGUAGUGAAAUCCACUUCCUAUACCAAAAUAGCUUCGACAUCACGUAGGAGCACUACCAAGAGCCCAGGACCAUCUAGACGCAGCAAAUCUCCAGCAUCUACCAGCUCAGUUAAUGGAACUCCUGGCAGCCAGCUUUCUACUCCCCGCUCUGGGAAGUCUCCAAGCCCUUCUCCCACCAGCCCAGGUAGCCUGCGGAAACAGAGGAGCUCUCAGCACAGUGGUUCCUCUACCUCACUAGCAUCUACCAAAGUCUGCAGCUCCAUGGAUGAAAAUGAUGGACCUGGUGAAGAAGUGUCGGAGGAAGGCUUCCAGGUUCCAGUUUCUAUAGCAGAGAGAUACAAAGUUGGCCGGACUAUAGGAGAUGGAAAUUUUGCUAUUGUAAAGGAGUGCAUAGAAAGGUCAACUGGUAGAGAAUAUGCUCUGAAAAUAAUCAAAAAAAGUAAAUGUAGAGGAAAAGAGCACAUGAUCCAGAAUGAAGUAUCUAUUUUAAGAAGGGUCAAGCAUCCCAAUAUUGUUCUUCUGAUUGAGGAGAUGGAUAUGCCCACUGAGUUGUACCUUGUCAUGGAGCUUGUAAAGGGAGGAGACCUUUUCGAUGCCAUUACCUCCACAAACAAAUAUACAGAGCGGGAUGCCAGUGGAAUGCUGUACAAUCUGGCCAGUGCCAUCAAAUAUCUUCAUAGCUUGAACAUUGUUCACAGGGAUAUCAAACCUGAGAAUCUACUGGUUUAUGAACACCAAGAUGGGAGCAAGUCUCUGAAGCUGGGAGAUUUUGGACUGGCCACCAUAGUAGACGGGCCUCUUUAUACUGUCUGUGGGACACCUACUUACGUAGCUCCAGAAAUCAUUGCAGAAACUGGAUAUGGCCUGAAGGUGGACAUCUGGGCAGCUGGUGUAAUUACUUACAUCCUGCUGUGUGGUUUUCCUCCAUUCCGUGGAAGUGGAGAAGACCAGGAAGUCCUUUUUGAUCAGAUUUUGAUGGGACAAGUAGACUUUCCAUCUCCAUACUGGGAUAAUGUUUCUGACUCAGCAAAGGAACUUAUUACUAUGAUGCUUCAGGUAGAUAUAGAUCAGCGAUUUUCAGCCUUGCAAGUUCUUGAACACUCCUGGGUAAAUGAUGAUGGCCUUCCAGAGAAUGAACAUCAGCUGUCUGUAGCUGGAAAGAUAAAAAAGCAUUUCAACACAGGCCCUAAGCCCAACAGCACAGCUGCUGGAGUUUCUGUUAUAGCACUGGACCACGGGUUUACCAUCAAGAGAUCAGGGUCUUUGGACUACUACCAACAACCAGGAAUGUAUUGGAUAAGACCACCGCUCUUGAUAAGGAGAGGCAGGUUUUCCGACGAAGACGCAACCCGGAUGUGAGAGGAAAAUACAAGGCGCAAGCAGCAGCACCUGAACUCAACUCUGAAUCAGAAGACUAUUCACCAAGCUCAUCUGAGACUGUUCGCUCACCUAAUUCACCCUUUUAAUAAAACACUUCUGCUGAAGGUCUUGGCUUAACCCUUUGAGAUUCUGAGGUGGGGGAAACCCUCCAAACCUGUGUGCAACUGUUGCAUUUGAUUUUGUCUCUAUCAGUUGCUUUGAAUGAAGGAACCAGAAAAGGGGUGUUUACAGUAUCUUUGUGACAAUAAUAAUUUCCUAACUGACUGAAAUGAUCUUUGUUCUCUGUCUAGAUUGUGACUUGCUGCUAAUAUGAUCCUCAAAGGGUUAAGACUAUUUUGCUUUUUUAAAAUAUAUAUAUAUAUAUAUAUAAUUUUCAGAAAGGGGAUAUAAGCAAUGAAUGUUUUCAUCAGUCAAGCUAGAAGCUGCAGUAUGUGACUUUAGCAUAUGUUAACCCUCUGAGUGCAUACUCUUAAAUGACUUGCCCAAACAAGGGCUUUAUCAUCCGCACCUUGUUUUCCUAUAGCUCUCUGCUUGGUGGUCUGACCACAGUGGUACAUCAUUACAGAAGAUGGGCUAUGGUUUUUGUGGAGUCUGUUGUCUCAGGCUCCUGCGUCUUAUACUACUGUACCUAGAAAGUCUGGCCAUUCUUGGGCUGUAUUCUUCCACGAUUACUUGUUGAAAUGAUUACACAGAUAAUAGGACUGCCCAAGAUGCUACUUACAGUUCCAUGCUUGCUGGAAAUCUAUUUCUUGGGAGACUAGUUAAAGGAAUGUCCUGUCUACUUUCUGCACCUUCUAACUCUUUACAGGUACACAGAGGGCAUGUUUGGGAGGCAGCAAUAAACGCAAUUCGUUUUUACAUUCCAUGGAUUCUUUCUCUUGACAUUAUUGUGGUGUUUCUCUUAAGGUGAGGGAUUCUCUUCACAAUAGCAGAGCAAAAUAUGUUCUAAAAAGGAGAUCAUUAGUCUGCAUAAAGUGUAAACUGAGGAAAAGACUUUGAAAUUCCAAACAUAAAAUUAGACCAUGUUUUAAAAAUUAAGUGACUAGCACUUGCUCACCUAAUGUAUAUGUAUGAAUAUGUUUAUUGGAGUUCAGUGUGCGUGUGUUGAUGUGAGAGGCAUCAAUUUGGGCAAACUUCCCCCAAGUCAUUGCUGUUUCAUAAAUGUUUUCAAAUGACAGGUAAAUUGCAUAAGGUAAUUACAUUUUUUAAUACUUCUGGUUCCAAAAAAUGUAAUCAUAUUUGUAAACAUGUUCCUUGUUCAUUCAAAGGUCAUUUUAGUUGUUUUUUAAAAUUGCAUUUUUAAGGCACCAUUCUCAAAAGGAUUGCGAAGACCUUAGUAGUAAUAUAGAAUAUUGAAAUGUCACAUGUUGACACUGUCGACAUUUCUCUUGCAUCUGAAAUACAAAAUAAUUUAGGACAAAAAUCCACAGACUCUGCUACCCUACAGUUAGGUUAUUUAAAUCUUGCUAAAAUUAAAAGACUUAUUUAUUUAAUAGGUUUAUAGGCCACCUUUUAGUACAAGGCUCCCAAACUGGCAUACAAUAAAAGCUAUAAGAACAACUCAAUAAAACUCCAUAUUAAAUUGAUUCCGUUCACAGGAACAGAAGCAAAAGUAAAAGAAGUAAAUAUGUAAGAUCCCGUAGAAACCAUACAACACAAUCAGCUAUAAAACGUACUAGAAUUUCUGGGCAAAUAAUAAAAGAUCUUACGUGGCACUAAAAAGACAUCCAAAAUGGUACCAGUUGAGUGUCAUGGUGCCUCAUAUAUGGAGGGCAAUUCUAUAUAUUGAGUCAUUAAUGAGAAAGCGUGCUCUCUGUUCACUACCCAUCUAACAUUAGACGGUGAACCCAGACCAGGACCUGUGAUGAUAGGCAAAGUGUCCAGGCAAACUCCUGUGCUAGAAGGCAGUCCUUCAAAUAACCAUGUUUCAAGAUGCUUAGAGCUUUAUAUGUAAUGACCAACACAUUGAAUUGUGCUCGAAAAUGGACCAACAGCCAGCAUAGCUGUUGAAGCUGAUGAGAAAUGCUCCUAUAGCUGCUCUCAAUUUGUAAGCUAGCAGUUGUGUUUUAUACUAACAGAAGUUUCUAAGAAGGCAUCAGAGACAGCCAUAUAUGCAGUGGGUGGCUUUACACAAUCAGCUGAAAGGAAUUACGUUUCCUGGAAAGGAAACUGGAGUUGUCCAGUGCACAUGUUUCCAUGUGGCAUGAAGCCUAGUUCCUUCCUACCCCACUUCUGAGAUUCUACCAACUCUUCUGACCAAGGUUUGAAGUUGGCUUAACAAAGUCGGUAGAGUCACUCACAGGCAGAAAUCAGUAACUGGGUGUUGGUGGCUUCAGUCAACAGGCCUGCUGUGAGUAUGCACUGUGGGCACCUCCAGUUCUCUCUCCCAGGCUUCUUACUGGCAUUCAGCUGAUCAUAUGAAGCCGCCUGAUAUACUGCAGCAGUCCAGUCUAGACGUUACAUCAACUACGGUCAGGCUAUCUAUAUCCAGGAAAUGUUACAGCUGAUGCCUUAGCCUUAGUUGGGGAGGGCUGUUGGUAACUGUGCAGAGGAUUUCAGCCAACACAAUGCAAACCACUUGAGUGUACUAAUUGGUUUAUUUUUAAAAAACUUUCUUUUAGAAUACUUGUAUGCUGUUUUUCAACAAGGAGUUCAAACAGUAGUUUUCAAAGGAGAGAAAUGUGUGUGGGGGAGAAUUCCUUGUCCCAAAGGGAAUGCCCUGUCACGAUCAUUUUUAAAUAUAUAUAUAUACACACAAAUACCAGCAAAAGCCACGAGAAAAUACACUAUGCUUGAAUGAACAGGGAGUUGAUCUUGCCUUGCUAGGUAUAAGAGAACUAACACAUGAAAGUUGCCUCUGCCAAGUAGCAGGGGAUAUAUUAUAUCAAGCCAUCUCUGCCACUUCACCUGCCAGUUUCAUCAUGGGCACUAAUCCUGGCCUGGGUCUGUGGGUUAUGCAAAAUAAUCCAUAGUUCCAUAAAUUAUGGAAGUGAACCUCAGAUUUCUGACAAUCUCCCUCAUUGCAUGAGAACCAGGGCUUUUAAGGGAGGAAAGUAGGGAUGUGCACAAAACCGACAUUGCUGGUUUAGUUUGAAUCCUAACUGGAUUAAAACUGGCCUGGCCCAGCUCGGUUUUGGUCCCAAUUGGACCAAUUCGGAAUGGUUCAGAGCUCUACUGGUAAAGGGGAAUCCUCACCAGAUUCCCCUUUACCAGUAAAGGGGCAGGGGAGGCUUCUCUAAGGUAGAGUGGGCGGAAGGGGAGUCAUUUAAUACUUACAAGCCCCAUUGGCAGUGGCCACAGUGGGGUGGCGGGUGUGGCGGUGGCUCAUCCUCUCACCCCUGUCGGGCUUCUGUGCAUGCACAUAGGCUGUGUUAAUGUGUAGGCCAUGUUAACUAAAAUGGCCUCCAUGCAUGUGCAGAAGCCUGAACUGGGCUGGAGAUGGCCUGAGCCGGCCCACCACCAGCCCUAGCUACUUGGGGGAGGCUGGCAGGCAUGGCAGUAGCUGCUCCCCACCCCCAUGGCCGCCGCCACCAAGGAGGCUAAGUACUAAAUGACUCCCCUCCCACCUACUCUACCCUUAGGUAAGCCCCCUGCCCCUUUACUGGUAAAGGGGAAUCCUCACUGGAUUCCCCUUUACCAGUAGAGCUUCGAACUGGCUUGGUUCAAACCAAGCAUGGUUUAGUUCGAACUUGGACCCACCUAGGUCAGUCAGGUUUGUCUCUGAACCUGUUGAGCCAAGCUGGCUCAACAUUGAGCCUGGCUUGGACUGAGUCAGCUUGCACACCCCUAGAAAAAAGCAUUUAGCACCUGUUGGCAUUUAAAGCAGUUGCAAAAAGCAUCUAUUGGAACUAAGUCAUCCUCCACAAACAAGGAUGGACAGGUUGCACAACCAGGGCCUGCUCACACAGGUGUGGUAUAGGUUCAGUUAUUAUAUAUUUGGUAGGGGAGGUUAUGCGAGCCCAAGGUUCACUCUCCCAACAUUGCAUGGCGAACCUAUAUGUGUCAGUUGUGUAUGAACAAGUUCUUAGUUUCCACAUUUUCCUCAGAGGACAGGGAUUGUAACAAAAGGUCCUUGGAGUGUUAAUGCAAGUAAACAUCACUCUAGUCUGUUUUUAUUAUUAUCAGACUAUUACACUUGUUCUCAUGGUCAAAAUUUGAAUUGAUCAUGGUCCAAAUAAGCAAGCAACUAGACAGCCUACCUAGGAUUAUCUCUUCCUUUUGAUUUAAUUGAAAUUUCAAUUGAGAGAAGGGUGUUUAAAUAAAUGGAAUUUCCCCAGGGCUUUUGACAGAUGGGCAUCCUUGUCCCAUUUACCAUCUUUCACUACAGCAGUGCACAAAAUCAGGGCAAUCCAGCACCCGCCAGGUUUUGAAAUCCUUUCUUUACCCAGUCCCAGGAGACUGCAAUCUCCAGUUCCGAGUCUUACUUGGAGUAAUUAACAGUAUAACUUUAUACCAGCAUCCAGAGCUCCUGUGAGCCCCAAAGGACGUCCAAGGCAAUUUUGCCCCUGGAGGGUGCCUGCAAAAGCUCUUUGCAGCAUAGUUGUGGAGAGGCAAGAGUAAGGGUAGUUGUUAACAGAAGUCUAAGUGGACUCUGUUGCUGGUCUUGGGACCAUUGCAGCCGAUCGUAUGAUUUUCUGUUUUAUCACAGUGGCUCAUACGAUCUGCCAUAAAAGACAGUUGUGAUUAAACCAGAAUGGUGUACUUUUUAUUUUAAAGAUUUAUAAAAUAAUUGACAUUGCACAAUUAUAUUAUGAAUAAGGAGAAAGUGUAGCUGUUUAACUAUUGUUAUGAUUUAUCGGUUUAUUGUAUGUUAAUUGAUUAGGAUUUAUAUUAUGUGUUACUUCUCUAUUUACUUAUAAACAAAGAUACAUAAUCAGGUGUGUGCAAAUAUCCAAAUGCACCCUUGAAGUGCGUCCAGCAUCAUGAGCUAUGAAGUUUGCUGAGUCUCCUAGAAAAUUUCUCAGCUGGGUCCUUUCUAUAUAGUUUUUAAAAAAUAAAUAAAAGAACCCAUCUCCCCAGAAUACUAUAUUUCUAUGUGAAGUCUGCCCUUUAUACAUGAGCAAUUGUAUAACAUCUGGGGGGAGAGGUGAGGUGAAAAAACGAGGCACCAAGAGCUCUAAUAAGCAUCUAAUAAGCACUGACAAAUAUUGGCCCAAUAAAAUAAUCCAUGGUUCUGGAACUAUUUACACCCUUGUCAAUUGUUUUGACUUUUCCAGCCCCACCCCCCUGCAAAAAAGGCUAGUUUCAGACACUCCCUUUUUUAAAGAACAGAGGGUGAGGACUCUGUCCUCUUUGUUCUUCCUUUUAAUACAGGAUAUUUUGUAUAGAAAGAUUAGCUCAAGCUUUUAUUAAGGCAAGCAAAAACUAACAGUUGACAUUAGCCAGCAGCUGCCUCAUCCAUUUUUGCCUGCUUAUCAUUUCGGGGUUAUCAUGGAGCAGCUUCACAACUAUGCUACAAGUUAGUUUUCAAUCUCUAAAUGACAAAGGAAGCUAAUGACAACAAUACCAUUGGGAUUCUUUUGUCAUUUCAGUAUCUUUUUCUUUAACACAAUACACACAUAUUUAUUUGCACAAGUCAGUGCACAAUUGGUAAGAUGUGCUCUGCGGGUUGCACACUUUAGUUAGUAGAUUAAUCAACUAAAGCUUUAUGAUAUUGUAUAUAUAAUAUUACAAAUUAUAUUGUAAACUGCUUUGAGAUUAUUUUAAUGAAAAGCGGUAUAGCAAUUGAACAAUAAAUAAAUAAUUAAAGCUUUGGUUUAUUAAUUCAUAAAGGCAAAUUUUAAUUGGUGGGCUUGCAAAUUAAAUGCAAACUCUUUGCGGUUUUUUUGUUUUUGUUCUUUUGCUUAGACGUGUUGCUGUAACAAUGAAUGGAAACAUUAAAGAUGACCUUUUAUUUUAAUGAGUGUUAGUGCUUGUUAAAUUGUAAAUUGUCCCACCAUGCCUUCACUAUUUCAAAAAUACAUCUAUAUUUAAGCUUCCAUAAGAUAUAUCUAUUUAUUUAAUUGUAUGUGAUUGGCAGAUGAUGAAUCAACUAUUUUUUUUAAUCAAUUGUCUAUCAUCGUUGUUAUACAAAGAGAUCUGCCCAUCAACAUUUUAUCAAUGCCUGCUAUCCUACUGAUUGCUCAAUAAGAUUUAGGGAAUCAAUUAUAACUUGAAUGACUGACCCAAUGAAACAAAUUAGACUUUGUACACAUUGAUGAUUGAAAGUAACAUUGAUUUAUGGCUAAAGGGUGUAGCCCACAGGGCUGGGUGAGUGUUGUUAUGACAAGCCACAUAAUAUCCUUCCUGAUAUAAUAAAUGCAAUCCUGUGACGUAAAAUGCUCAUUAAUAA